AUGCUACCGAGGAAAAUUAGUCUAUCAGAAGUUAGACGGCAUACAUCGGCAGAUGAUUGUUGGUUUAUUAUACACAAUAAAGUUUACGACAUCACAAAUUUGUUGUCGACGCAUCCGGGCGGAGCUAAGACGUUGUUGAAGUACGCGGGGCGGGAUGCUACGCUGCCGUUUGAUGAUGUAGGGCAUUCUACGGAGUCGUUGGUGUAUGAUAUGGCGCCGGGGUCGUGCCUGGGGGAGGUUGAUUUGAAGCCACAUGAGGGUGGUUUGUCGAGGGAGGAUAGAUGUUUGUUUUCGCAGUCGAAGCGGCUAGAUGGGGGUGUGGAUGGUAGACGACGGAACAGCUGGUUUUCUGGAUGGGGUGGUGAGGGGGAGGAUGUGGAUGGGGAUGUGAGUGUUACGGUGCAGUCGAUGGGGACGCGAAGUGAGAAGCUGGAUUCGGACUUUAAUGACUGGUUAAAGAAUGUGCUGCUACUGUUUGUGAUCAGUGUUUGCUGUGUUCUGCUUCUUGUGAUACGAUAUCAGAACCAUGUGCGGCAGGUUCAGAGAUUGGGUAGUGACUGGCCCUUUUCUUCUUUUACGACUUUGGACUUUACUGAUCUUCCUGUGUGGAUUGAUUCUAUUCCUGUAUGA